AUGGCAACCCAAACCAAGACACUCCCAGACUCGCACCAUGUCGAGGGGGCCUCGCACACUCCUCAACCAGUGGUCGAGGAAGUCCUCGACAUUGCGGAUGUUGUCCAGGAAGGCAAGUACAGCCCCUGGACACCUUCUAUGUUCCGUCUGUACGGAUGCUUGCUGGUGGCGUUCUUUUGCGCGACCAUCAAUGGCUAUGACGGUUCUGUCAUGGGCGGCCUCAAUGCAAUGCAGUCCUAUCUGGAUUACUUUGAUAUGAAAUCUGCCUCAUCUAGCACCGGAUUUGUCUUUGCAAUCUACGGCAUUGGGUCUAUCGCCGCCGUCCCCUUCUGCGGACCACUAAAUGACUGGUUUGGCCGACGCGCAGCCCUGUUUGCGGGCUCUCUGAUCGUUAUCCUCGGCGCCUGCGUGACUGGAGCCGCAAAGACACACGGGAUGUUCCUCGCUGGACGAUUCGUACUCGGGUUUGGCGUCUGCUUCUGCAACGUCACAGCGCCGGUGUAUGUCGGUGAGUUGGCACAUCCUGUAUGGCGGGGGACUCUGAUGGGGUGCUACAAUUGUUUCUGGCACAUUGGUUCGAUUCUGGCAGCGUGGGUUAUCUAUGCAUCCAAGGAUGGUGGAGCGAAUGGAUGGCGUAUCCCCCUUUAUUGCCAGCUUAUUGCAUCUGGGAUUGUCGUCUGCUUCAUUUGGAUUGUUCCCGAGUCUCCACGCUGGUUGAUGGCCAACGGAAAGAAUUCCAAGGCCCGCGAGAUACUGGCCCAGUUGCAUGGCGAGGGCUCAGCCGACCACCCUCUUGUGGUAUUCCAGAUGCGCGAGAUGGAACACCAGAUCCUGAGCACGCCCGACAACAAGAGAUGGUGGGAUUACAGCUCUCUCUGGAAGACUCGUGCUGCACGGCGCCGAAUGAUCUGCGUUGUGUCGAUGAGCUUCUUUGGGCAGUGGUCUGGCAACUCGGUGACAAACUACUAUCUACCAGUAAUGCUGGAGAGCGCGGGGAUAACCAGCGAGAGCAAGAAGCUUCUGCUAAACGGCAUCUACCCCGUGCUCUGUCUCUUUGGCUCGCUCACUGGAGCACGUCUCAUGGAUGUGGCCGGCAGACGCCCCUUGCUUUUGAUUUCCCUCAUGGUCAUGAUUGGCGCAUUCUCCAUCCUAACUCCAGUCUCGAAAAUGGCGGCAGAGAACACCUCAAACAGCUCUGCAGCGAACGCCACGAUUGCUUUUAUUUAUAUUUUUGGAAUCACCUACGCCGUUGGCUGGACACUGAUUACUCCGGUGUACAUUGUCGAGAUUCUAGAAACGCACCAGCGCGCCAAGGGCAAGUCAUUUGCUCUGUUGCUGAUUUCAGCAUCAAGCACCGUGAUUCAGUAUGCGUCAGGACCGGCGUUUGAGCAUCUCAAGUACUACUUUUACAUUGUCUUCAUUGGGUGGGAUGUGUUUGAAGCGGUUAUUAUUUACCUUUACUAUCCGGAAACCAAGGGACGAACACUGGAAGAGCUGAACGAGGUGUUUGAAGCGAAGAAUCCGGUGAAGAAGAGCCUGGAGAAGAAGAGCAUUCAGACUGUGUUGAACACGAUGCAUGUCGAGAAGGAAACCGAACAAGAGUAG